GCAUAUGCGGUUGCCGUCAGUCAGAGGGUAGCGUAGCCCAGCGAGAGAAAGCCCGACUUCGCCGUGGCUGGGUCUUUCCCUAAGCGCGGAUGAGGAGAGUCUUCCUUUAGGUCUAUCGCCCGCCCAGCGCCAGCGCCAAGCAUUGGAUCUCUCAUAUUUCGUGGAGCUUCACUCAAAUCUCGGCGAUCCGGGCGGAUUCCAGCAGGGUCUUGUAUCACAUUUCAGGACAGCAGGAGAGGAGGAAAGUAAUUAUUUAUGGGCAGAUUGCAACACUUGCGAAAGAGAGAGGAUCGUGCGCUCCGGGAUUUUCUACUGUUGUGAGCGAGCUUUUCCUUCUUUAUUCUUGUGCUUCGCCAGAGCUUUUAUGGAGUACUUGGAGCGGUGCAUUUGUGGUAGAGUUCCCAGGCAAAAAUCAUCAGAAAAAAAGGAAUGGAGAAUUUUUUCCUUGAAAGAGCUCCACUCGGCCACAAACAGCUUUAACUAUGACAACAAGCUAGGGGAAGGCGGCUUUGGCAGUGUCUACUGGGGGCAACUUUGGGAUGGCUCGCAGAUCGCCGUGAAGAGAUUGAAAGUAUGGAGCACGAAAGCAGAGAUGGAAUUCUCAGUGGAGGUGGAGAUCCUUGGACGAGUUCGACACAAAAACCUGUUGAGCCUAAGAGGUUACUGUGCUGAAGGACAAGAGCGCUUGAUAGUGUAUGACUACAUGCCAAAUCUAAGCCUCUUGUCACACUUGCACGGUCAGUUCGCGCCGGACAACCAGCUUGACUGGGACAAGCGAAUGAACAUCGCCAUCGGAUCUGCCGAAGGACUCGAGUACCUGCAUCACAAUGCGACGCCGCACAUCAUCCACCGGGACGUGAAAGCUAGCAACGUGCUGCUCAACUCCGACUUCGAAGCCCAGGUGGCCGACUUUGGCUUCGCCAAGCUCGUCCCGGAGGGAGCGACGCACGUCACCACCCGUGUCAAGGGAACUCUCGGCUACCUGGCGCCCGAGUACGCGAUGUGGGGGAAAGUCUCGGAGAGCUGCGACGUCUACAGCUUUGGGAUCCUCCUGCUGGAGCUCAUCAGUGGGAAGAAGCCGAUCGAGAAGCUGGGGCCGGGAACCAAGCGGACCAUCGUCGAGUGGGCGGCGCCGCUGGUGUUCCAAGGCAGGCUGACCGAGCUGGUCGACCCCAAGCUGCAAGGCAAGUUCAACGCGGAGGAGCUCAAGAACGUCGUCCACGUCGCGACGAUGUGCGCGCAGAACACGCCCGAGAACCGGCCCACCAUGCACGAGGUGGUACAGAUCUUGAGAAAGGGUCCCCGGGGGGAGAGCCUGGAAAGCGAGAAGAAGCUCAAGCUCGACACUGUCAAGUAUGGUGACGAGCUCCUGGAGGCCGAUGAUUCGGAGGUGAAGACAAGGACGGCGACGACGACGCCGUCGUCGGGGCGGAGAUCCGCGGCCUAGCAGCGACAAAGAGGAGGGAAGAUCUCUUCAAUGCUGGAGAAGAUUGGUGGCGUUACCGCAUCCACUGCACAGAUCGAGCGACGUACAGUAGCAGCAGCAGCAGGAGCAGCAGCAAUUUGUUUUUGUUUUGAAGUCGUCAGUGUCUAUUCUUUACAUUUGUUUCUGGAAUUUAAUCUUUUUGUCCUUGUC